AUGUCCAGAAUCGGGAAUCUCACUGGGCAGCCCUGCAUGUCGGUGUCCGCGGUUUGGAUGCAGGGUUUCAAGCAAGCCAUCAGCCACACUAGCGAAGUUCAGGACUUCUUGCGCUCGACUGAAGGAGAGCUCCCAUCGACAAUACAUGCAAGGUAUGACUACGUCGCACAACGGCGAACGCGGCCAGAGGCAAAGGUGAAGAAACACGUGUGUAUGCGCAAAGUACAGGGCGUGUCGUAUUUGCGCAGACCCCUGCACCGAGCGUCCACCGGAAGUCUGACGUUAGAGGUAACAAGCAUAUAUUAUAAUACAAAGCAGCCGCGAGACAUACCUGACGACUCGUCCGCUGGCAUAUGUGGCCGUCUCGGGACUCUACAUCUUCCGGUUUCCUUAACCUCUACAUGCCACCUCACCCUUCUUCCACACCCUCUUUCCCACUUUCCACCUUCCACCAUCCCACCAUUCACCACGACCAUCAUGUCCCCCACAACCAGCACCACAGCCCCAACCAGCAGCAGCCCCCUCCUAACCCUCCCCACCGAACUCCGCCUCCAAAUCUACACCCACCUCUUCGCGCACACCACCUGCACAAUCGAAAUCUACCAACACAACAUCCACCUCCUACGCUCCUACUCCCCCACUUUCCCCGAAGCACCCCUCCCCCUCCUCCUCACCUCCCACCAAAUCUCAAACGAAGUCCAAGAUGUCCUUUACAACGCUACACUAUUUAAUGUCCAGCUUCAUGUUCAACAUGUUCCGCUGCUGAGGCAGCAGCAGAAGCUACUCAGUGAGGGAGUGGGAUCGUUGGCGCCGGGCUAUGAGUUUGAGAGCAAGGGGGAGGAGAAGGUGAGGUAUGGGUUUCUGCCUGUGUUGUAUUUACCAAUUAGGGUUAGGAAAUUUUUGAAGGAGAUUCGACGCCUCCACCUGGACAUCUGGCUCACCUCCACCUCCGGGUCCGCCGAAAUGGCGAAUCAGAUCGCUGCAUUUAAGGAAGCUCUCGGCGCCACCGACAGAAAUGGAAAGAACGAUGAUGAGAGGCUUUUCAAGGAGUUGCGGAUACGGUAUGUACGGUACGAUCAAUUCGGGAUUCCGUUUGUUGUGUCGAGGUGCGAGAAAGCUGUGGAUAGUGGGAGUGGGGGUGUAGGUGGGAUGUUAUCGGAGUUAUCGGAUUUGGAGUGGGAGUUGGGGGAGGCGAGGGUGGAGGAUGAGGCGGUUUGUAAGGGGAUGAUGUUGGGGGCGAGGGUGUAA